GCUCCACUCGUUCCUCCUAUCUAUAUUUUCUCCUCACCAAAUUCUCUCUCUCUCUCUCAACCCUAUUCUCUCUUUCUCACCCCUCCCCUUAUAUAUUCAAUCUCCUUCAUUAUUUCAGCACAUAAAUUAUGUGCUUGUUUUGAUUAGGGGGAAGGAGAGUGAGAGAACAAAAACAAAAAAAAAAAAACCCAAAAAAUUUAAACGGUUCAAGAUUUUCAUCCUUAUCUCAAAAUGGCGGUCACCACUCACUCUCUAACCGCUACAGAAAAGAAACACUGGUGGCUCACAAACCGUAAGAUUGUUGAGAAAUACAUAAAAGAUGCACGAAGCUUAAUAGCAACGCAAGAACAGAACGAGGUUGUUUCUGCUUUGAAUCUUCUAGAUGCGGCUUUAGCUAUAUCACCGCGUUUGGAUCAUGCGCUUGAGCUUAAAGCUAGAUCGUUACUUUAUCUACGAAGAUUCAAAGAUGUUGCUGAUAUGUUACAAGAUUACAUUCCUAGUUUGAGAAUGUCGAAUGAAGAUCCUUCCUCUGUUUCUUCUGGUGAAGGAGUUAAGCUUCUUUCUUCUGAUUCAUCGAUUCCAGAUCAGAGUUUUAAGUGCUUCUCUGUUUCUGAUCUCAAGAAGAAGGUUAUGGCUGGUCUUUGUAAAACUUGUGAUAAAGAAGGCCAAUGGAGAUACUUGGUUUUGGGUGAAGCAUGCUGCCACUUGGGAUUAAUGGAAGAUGCAAUGGUUCUUCUCCAAACCGGAAAACGAAUUGCUAGUGCAGCAUUCCGGCGAGAGAGUGUUUGCUGGUCUGACGACAGUUUUCCUCUAUUAACCAUCCCCAUUGCUGGAGACACCCCAAACCAACAACCAACCACACCGCCGCGAGCCCCACUCAAUGAAACGGAAAGUGUAACACACCUCCUCAGCCACAUCAAGUUCCUCCUCCGCCGUCGAGCAGCAGCACUUGCUGCUCUCGACGCUGGUCUCUACUCAGAAGCCAUCCGCCAUUUCUCAAAAAUAGUAGAUGGCCGCCGUGCUGCCCCACAAGGUUUCCUCGCAGAAUGCUACAUGCACAGAGCAUCUGCACACCGUUCUGCCGGUCGAAUAGCAGAGUCCAUUGCUGAUUGUAACCGCACCCUUUCACUAGACCCAACCUGUAUUCAAGCCCUCGAAACUAGAGCUUCACUCUUCGAAACAAUUCGUUGCUUACCAGAUUCACUACACGAUUUAGAACAUCUAAAGCUUCUCUACAACUCCAUCUUACGUGAUCGGAAACUUCCAGGUCCAGCAUGGAAACGCCACAAUGUGAGAUACAGGGAGAUUCCUGGGAAACUUUGUGCCUUAACCACUAAGAUUCAAGAAUUAAAACAAAGGUUAUCUUCUGGUGGAAUAACUAGUGUCGAUUACUAUGCAUUGAUUGGAGUUCGACGUGGGUGUUCCCGUUCUGAACUCGAGAGAGCACAUUUGCUGCUAUGUCUUCGCCAUAAGCCAGAUAAAGCUACAAAUUUCAUCGAACGGUGUGAGUUUGCGGAUGAACGUGAUAUUGAGACCGUUAAAGAGAAAGCUAAGAUGUGUUCAUUGUUGUUGUAUAGAUUGAUUCAAAAGGGCUACACUAGUGUGAUGAGUAAUGUUUUAGAUGAGGAGGCUGCUGAGAAACAGCGAAAGAAGAACGUUGCUGCUGCAGCACAAGCACAGGCUCAGGCCGCGGCAAUUCAAGUUCAAGUAAUUAAGAAAACAAAUGAAGCUGAGUUGAAAAAUAAUAAGGCUGCAGAUAAUGCAGCAGAUAAUAAGAGUAAUGUUUUUGCGGAAAAUGACCAGUCUCUCAUAUCUUCUUGUAAUGUGAAUCCGGCUGUGUUUCAAGGUGUAUUUUGCCGCGAUAUUGCGGUGGUAGGGAACUUGUUGACGCAGGUGGGAUUUAAUCGUCCGAUUCCGGUGAAGUAUGAAGCAUUGAGCUGCUAAAUUUUUAUGAAAAAAAAAAGAAAAAAGGUUGGUGGGAUGAGCUGUUGGAGAUGUUACCGGCAGAGGGAAUCUCUGGUUGGUUGGUUCACUUCACUUUAUGAUGAAUGAUUGUACAAACAAAAUGCAAAAGGGUUAAAAAAAAUUACUAGACUGCCGGAAAAUUUUGUCACCUUUUCCUUUUUUUUUAUUAUCUUAUAUUAGUAAUCUUUUUUUAUCUAUCAGAUGUACAGAUCGAUUAUUAUCAGUACUGAGACUCUACUUUUGGA